CCGGAAGUCUCUUCUUCUUCCUUUCCUCCAUUAGAUUGCAACCAUGGGCCGCCGACCAGCCCGCUGCUAUCGCUACUGCAAGAACAAACCCUACCCCAAGUCUCGCUUCUGCAGAGGAGUGCCUGAUCCUAAGAUCAGGAUCUUUGACUUGGGCAGGAAGAAGGCCAAGGUGGAUGAGUUCCCUCUGUGUGGUCACAUGGUCUCUGACGAGUACGAGCAGCUGUCUUCAGAAGCUCUGGAGGCCGCCCGUAUCUGUGCUAACAAGUACAUGGUGAAGACCUGCGGUAAGGACGGCUUCCACAUCCGCAUGCGUCUGCAUCCCUUCCACGUCAUCCGCAUCAACAAAAUGUUAUCCUGCGCCGGAGCUGAUAGGCUCCAGACUGGGAUGCGUGGUGCGUUCGGUAAACCCCAGGGCACCGUGGCUCGCGUGCACAUCGGACAGGUGAUCAUGUCCGUCCGUACCAAGGCCCAGAACAAGGAGCACGUGGUCGAGGCUCUGCGCAGAGCCAAGUUCAAGUUCCCCGGACGCCAGAAGAUCCACAUCUCUAAGAAGUACGGCUUCACCAAGUUCAACGCCUGCGACUUUGACGACAUGAUGGCGGAGAAGCGUCUGAUCCCAGACGGCUGCGGGGUGAAGUACAUCCCCAGCAGAGGCCCUCUGACCCGCUGGAAGGCUCUGCACGCCAACUAAAGCUGCUGCAGGCGUGAAUGAUAACCAAUAAAAGUGGGUUUGAUUACAAAA